AUGUCAAUGAUCUACCGUUUCGAUUUUUCGGCUCAUAAAGAAUUAAAUGGAAACUUUCCGCAGCAUGUGCUAUUGACGGGCCAACAAUUCAAUAAUCCACUGCUCUUCUCGAAUCUGUCUCAAUCCGUUGCCGAUUUGUUGACGCCAACCAUCGACGCCCAAUUUCGAGCCGAACUAACGCUGCCAGAAGAGUUUAGAGACAAUUUAAAAAUUUGCUGUUUCAUUCAACGAAAUGGCAAUUCGGUUCGAUCGGAUGCUUCGUUGACCAGAAUGGCCACUGAAAUUGUUGUCAAAAAAUAUAAAGAAACGAGCAUGAGCAGCAUUGCGGUGAUUGUGAUUGGCGAUGAUCCCAUGUGGGCUAAUGUUGUAUUCAACGAUAAAAUCGCCAAGCCUUCCAUAUUAACGAUUAAGGAGGAUAUAUCACAUCCUUCGCAAAAUUCGACGGAUUAUCAGGCAUUCCUGACACAUGGCUUGAAUAUUGAAGACGAUUUUGCAUUAUCGCAACAGUAUUGUGAUGUCGUUGUGAACACCGCACCGUUUUCAACAUUUGGUUGGUGGAUCUCAUUUCUAGCAAAAGGAAAACAAGUCUAUUACUUGGAUCCAGCGAAAAUAGACGUAUUUUGA